AUGAAUACUAUCUUUAACUCAUCCUUCCUCCUAAUCUUUGUUACCCUCCUCUUCCCACUAAUAACCUCAUUAAAUCCCAAAGAACUCACUCCUAACUGGGCCUCCUCCUACGCAAAAACAGCUGUAAAAAUCUCCUUCUUCAUUAGCCUUAUCCCACUAUCCAUUUUUCUAGACCAAGGUUUAGAGUCAAUCAUAACCAACUACAACUGAAUCAACAUUGGACCUUUCGAUAUUAAUAUAAGCUUCAAAUUUGAUACAUACUCUGUUCUAUUUACCCCUGUGGCCCUCUACGUUACUUGAUCUAUCCUUGAAUUUGCCCUAUGAUACAUAUACUCCGACCCAAACAUCAACCGCUUCUUUAAAUAUCUUCUACUCUUCCUAAUCUCAAUAAUCAUUUUAGUGACUGCCAACAACAUAUUCCAACUGUUCAUUGGCUGAGAGGGAGUUGGAAUCAUAUCAUUUCUCCUCAUUGGUUGAUGACAUAGUCGAACAGACGCCAACACAGCCGCCCUACAAGCUGUAAUCUAUAACCGAGUAGGAGAUAUUGGCCUAAUUCUUAGCAUAGCUUGACUAGCUAUAAAUUUAAACUCCUGAGAAAUUCAACAACUAUUCAUCUUAUCCAAAGACAUAAACUUAACCCUACCUCUCCUUGGUCUUGUCCUAGCCGCAGCUGGAAAAUCCGCACAAUUCGGCCUUCACCCAUGACUUCCAUCGGCCAUAGAAGGACCCACACCAGUCUCCGCCUUACUCCACUCCAGCACAAUAGUUGUAGCCGGUAUCUUCCUCCUAAUUCGCCUUCACCCAUUAAUCCACAAUAAUCAAUUAAUUCUAACAACAUGCUUAUGCCUAGGAGCAUUAACUACCCUCUUCACUGCAACAUGCGCACUUACCCAAAAUGAUAUUAAAAAAAUCAUUGCCUUCUCAACAUCCAGCCAACUAGGACUUAUAAUGGUAACAAUUGGCCUUAACCAACCACAACUAGCCUUCCUCCACAUCUGCACCCACGCCUUCUUUAAAGCAAUACUUUUCCUCUGUUCCGGAUCCAUCAUCCAUAGCCUCAAUGACGAACAAGAUAUCCGCAAAAUAGGAGGUCUUCACAAACUCCUGCCAUUCACCUCCUCCUCCUUAACUAUUGGAAGCCUAGCCCUCAUAGGCAUGCCCUUCUUAUCAGGCUUCUUUUCAAAAGAUGCCAUCAUCGAAGCCAUAAACACUUCUCACCUCAACGCCUGAGCCCUUAUCCUUACCCUGAUUGCAACAUCAUUUACAGCCAUUUACAGCCUCCGCCUCAUUUUUUUCACAUUAAUAAAUUUUCCACGGUUUAAUUCACUCUCCCCUAUUAAUGAAAACAACCCCCUAAUUAUUAACCCCAUCAAACGCCUAGCUUAUGGAAGUAUCCUGUCUGGCCUCAUUAUCACAUCCAACAUAAUCCCUACAAAAACCCAAAUUAUGACUAUAAUUCCCCUACUAAAACUCUCCGCCCUACUAAUUACUAUUGCUGGCCUUCUACUAGCCUUAGAACUAGCAAACCUAACUAACUCUCAGCUUAAAAUAACCCCCACCCUCUAUCCCCAUCACUUCUCAAAUAUAUUGGGAUACUUUCCCCAAAUUAUCCACCGCCUCCUGCCCAAAAUUAACCUAUCCUGAGCCCAACAUGUUUCCACCCACCUAAUUGACCAAACAUGGUCUGAAAAAAUUGGACCAAAAAGUGCCUUCAUUCAACAAACCCCUCUAAUUAAAUUAUCCACCCAACCUCAACAAGGCUAUAUUAAAGUUUACCUAACACUACUUUUCCUCACACUAGCCUUAGCCAUACUCACUACAUUAACCUAA